CACUGCGAUUGCAUAAAACAAAUAGAUCUAACCAAAUAUCGCAACUCGACUAUUUAAGUUUUUUUCCACUGAGCGAGUACGAGCAGUAUUAAAAAAUGGCUGUCGCUGCUAAGGUAUUAUCGAAAUUUUCAAUUGGAGCUCGUGGUGGAUUGUUGCGUUCUCAAAUUAGAUUUAAUUAUACAGAAACUAGAAAAAAUCUAAAAAUUGAUUCUGAAACCAAAGUUAUUUGUCAAGGUUUUACAGGUAAACAAGGAACUUUUCAUUGUCAACAGGCCCUUGACUAUGGUACAAAAGUUGUUGGUGGAAUAAAUCCAAAAAAAGCAGGAAUUGAACAUCUUGGUAAGCCUGUGUAUAAAAAUGUUCAAGAGGCAAAAGCUGCAACUGGUGCUACUGCAUCUGUAAUUUAUGUACCACCUCCAGCAGCUGCUGCAGCAAUAAUGGAAGCUCUAGAUGCUGAAAUGCCCUUGAUUGUGUGUAUUACAGAAGGAAUUCCACAACAUGACAUGGUUAAAGUAAAGAGACGAUUAUUGGAACAAAAUAAAUCUCGUCUCAUUGGUCCUAAUUGUCCGGGAAUCAUUGCACCUGAACAAUGCAAAAUUGGAAUUAUGCCAGGGCAUAUACAUCUAAAAGGUAAAAUUGGUAUUGUUUCACGAUCUGGAACGUUAACAUAUGAGGCUGUUAAUCAAACUACUCUUACUGGAUUAGGUCAAACGUUAUGUGUCGGUAUUGGAGGUGAUCCAUUUAAUGGUACAGAUUUUAUCGACUGUUUAGAAAUAUUUUUGCAAGAUCCAGCCUGUCAAGGCAUUAUUAUGAUUGGUGAAAUAGGUGGUAGUGCUGAAGAACUGGCAGCAGAAUAUCUUACUGAGCAUAACUCUGGAGUGAAAGCUAAACCUGUUGUAUCAUUUAUUGCUGGUAUGACAGCUCCACCAGGUAGAAGAAUGGGUCAUGCUGGUGCCAUCAUAUCUGGAGGAAAGGGUGGAGCUCAAGACAAGAUUAAUGCACUUGAAAGGGCUGGCGUUAUUGUAACAAGGAGUCCUGCUCAAAUGGGGAAUGUAUUAUUAAAAGAAAUGACUCGUCGUGGUCUUGCUUGAAUUACAAAUGAUUUAUUUGU